GGCCCCCACUCUCCCAGCCAUUCUAUGUCGUAAUUGUAAUGUUCCUGCUAUAGGACUUGACUCUCUACCUCUUCCAAAGGAAUAUUGAUGCUUUUCUAUUCGGAAGCUCAAUUCCUGAGUCUCAGGGUUAUACAUACUAUUUAUGGCCUGACCAGGGUUACAUAAUCCCCAAUCCAACUUUUGUUUGUUUUUUUGUUUGUUGUUGUUGUUGUUUUUUUUAUUUUUUUUGAAAAAAACCUCUGUUCGGAUUAAAAUUUUUAUGUAUAAUAUUCCCUCUCCCGCUCUCGCUAACCGCAGAUACUUUAUUUGUUGCCAUCGCUUUCCCACUUGCUUGGCUUCUUCAUUUUGUCCUCCACUCUGUAUUUCUGGCUGUUGACCCUUGAUUCUAUUACUGUAAUCUCUAUCCCAAUGCGUUACGCAGUAUAUGUUUGAUCAAAUAUCAUCAGUAUUGAAGUUCUUUCGUAUGUUCAAAGGUCCCUUCAAGGUCUUGUGUUUCACGUGCAUAACAAUAGAAGCAGGCAAUUGUACUAUUUCUAGUGAUACGCUAUAAGUUUGUACACCACACAACGCUUUUUCUCCUGAUAUGUGUGUCGUGCGUCUUUUUAGAUCUGAAGCAGCUGUCCAUUUAGUUUUACGUUGGCAACCACCUAUGAUUGUUACAAUUUUUUUGGUCUUCUCAGUAAGCAUGCUGCUGCUGCUGCUGCUGCUGAGGAUGACAUAUUACUACUACUACUACUAUUGAGAUCUUAGAAGAAUAAGGAGACAGGAACUCAACAACUAAUAUGCCAUGGGAAAUAAUUAUGCCUGAACAACGAGAAGUGGGUCAUAGUCCAUGUAGUAGUGCUGGAAAAAUCAAACAAAAUGAUAGAUUUUGUGCAAUGGCCGCUAGAUUCUUUGAUGAGAAAGUUCCGAGAGGAAAAAGGUGAAGUGGCUAAAACAAGUUGCUAUGGUUAAGGAUGAUGGUACUGUUGCAGUUCAAGUUCCAGCAGACAUUAAGCCACAGUGCAUUGACUUCGGAACUACUGUUAUGUAUAAUGAAGAAUCUGGUGAGGCAACAGACGUUCAAAAUAUUCCACCACUUCAGAUUGUAAUGCUUAUUGUUGGCACACGGGGAGAUGUUCAGCCAUUUGUUGCCAUUGGGAAGCGUUUACAGUUUGGUUUGCAGGAAUAUGGCCACAGGGUUAGGCUAGCCACACAUAAAAAUUUCAAAGAUUUUGUCUUGAAUGCUGGCUUGGAGUUUUUCCCUUUAGGUGGAGAUCCUAAAAUUCUUGCUGGCUAUAUGGUCAAGCAUAAAGGCUUCUUGCCAUCAGGACCUUCAGAAAUACCCAUUCAAAGAAAACAAAUGAAGGAUAUCGUUUUCUCUCUGCUUCCUGCAUGCAAGGAUCCUGACCCUGAUUCUAAGAUUCCCUUUAGAGCAGAUGCAAUAAUUGCCAAUCCUCCUUCAUAUGGGCAUGUUCACGUUGCUGAGGCACUAGGAGUCCCGCUUCACAUAUUUUUCACUAUGCCAUGGACGCCUACAAGUGAGUUCCCUCAUCCUCUUUCCCGUGUCAAGAUACAAAUUGGAUACAGACUGUCAUAUCAAAUAGUUGAUUCUUUAAUCUGGCUUGGGAUACGAGAUAUCAUAAAUGAAUUUAGGAAGAAGCUGAAGCUAAGGCCUGUUACUUAUCUUAGUGGAUCUUAUAGUAACACUCAGGAUUUGCCCUACGGCUACAUGUGGAGUCCUCAGCUGGUCCCAAAACCAAAAGAUUGGGGCCCUAAAAUUGAUGUUGUUGGAUUUUGUUUCCUUAACCUUGCUUCAAAUUAUGAACCUCCGGUAUCACUCAUGGAGUGGCUUGAAGCUGGCAAUAAACCUAUUUAUGUUGGAUUUGGUAGCCUUCCUGUACAGGAACCAAAGAGGAUGACAGAAAUUAUAGUUCAGGCUCUGGAAAUAACAGGGCAAAGAGGCGUCAUCAACAAAGGCUGGGGCGAUCUUGGUCUUACGAAUUUGGCAGAGACGAAGAAGUCUGUGUACUUCUUGGACAACUGUCCGCAUGAUUGGCUGUUCUCACGAUGCUCUGCUGUGGUUCAUCAUGGAGGUGCUGGGACAACUGCUGCUGGCCUUAGAGCUGCGUGUCCAACAACUGUGGUGCCCUUCUUUGGCGACCAGCUUUUCUGGGGGGAGCGAGUACAAGCCCAAGGAGUGGGCCCCGCGCCCAUCCCAGUCGAUGAGUUUUCACUUGACAAGUUGGUUAGUGCUAUACGCUUCAUGCUUGAUCCGGAGGUGAAAACGCGGGCCUGUGAAAUUGCGGAAGCCAUUAAAAAGGAAGAUGGAGUAGCGGGAGCCGUUCAAGCGUUCUACAAACAUUUUCCUCGUCAUGUAUUUGAGGCUAAACUGGAGUCACAACGCCCUCCCACGAAACCAUUUUCUUUACGUAGAUGCUUUGGUUGCUAAAUCUUCUGGAUAAAGUAUUUUCUUCUUCCAUUUAUGGGACCACGCUUGAUAGGAGAUCAGAAUCAUCAUGUGAUUUUUGGACAACCGUCUCUCUCUCUCUCUCUCUCUCUCUCUCGUUUUGCCAUCUAAUUUGUAUGACAACUCCCAAAAUGAUUCCGUAAUGUGUCAACCAGCUGAUGCAUGAUACUCUGUCUAUUGAAAUCUUCACAUAUCGGGGCGGGAACAUCGGAUCCUUGGAAACAAUUAAUUAUACUAUAGGAUUAGAUGAUUCUGAUAUUAUUUUACAGGAUUAAUGUACCUAUUUUUAGUGUGAAAAGACAAAAAUACACUUCAUGUGUAUAUUAUAUACUCUUUUGACAA